AUGGAGUCCCCAGCCUUUUCAUCAAUCUCAAUCUUAUCCUCCACCAGAAACCCAAUUCUAUCCUCUGCCUCCUCCGCUCCGCCACUCCUCGUGUCUCGGAUCCGCCGCAGCCCGACCACCCUUGUCGUCCGGGCCCACAGAAGAACCCGCCACCGCCUCAGAGCCCGUCGGAAGCUCCUCCCAGACGACAUGUCGGUCGCCAUUCCCUUGGACGACGACCCGUUUAUCGAGUCCCGGAUCAGGGUUGGAGAGAGAGAUGUAAUGAUAAGUAGUAAGGAAGGAGAUAUAAACAUGCCAUCUCCAAGCAAAACUGCUCCCCACAAGAACAAGCAAGGAGUGAGCUAUGCUAAGUUCUUCGGCGUGGAUUUGUCACCCGAUAAUGUGGCUGUUGCCAUGGUGUAUUUUGUUCAAGGAGUUUUAGGCCUCGCAAGGCUUGCGGUCAGCUUUUAUAUGAAGGACGAUUUGCAUUUAGACCCUGCUGAGACAGCUGUAAUAUCCGGCUUUUCUGCAUUACCGUGGCUCAUUAAACCUGUAUAUGGGUUUAUCAGUGAUUCUGUCCCACUGUUUGGAUAUCGAAGAAGGUCGUACUUGAUUUUGUCUGGGCUACUUGGUGCACUGUCAUGGAGCCUGAUGGCCACUGUAGUUAAUGACAAGUAUAGCGUUGCUUUUUGCAUACUUCUUGGAUCUCUUUCCGUUGCCUUCUCAGAUGUUGUUGUAGAUUCCAUGGUUGUGGAAAGGGCACGUGGUGAGUCACAAAGCAUGUCUGGUUCUCUUCAAUCUUUGUGUUGGGGAUCUUCAGCUUUUGGUGGAAUAGUGAGUUCGUACUUUAGUGGCUCAUUGGUGGAUGCUUAUGGUGUGAGAUUUGUUUUUGGUGUCACGGCUUUGCUACCACUCUUGACAUCUGCAGUUGCUCUUCUUGUAAAUGAGCAGCCUAUGCCUGGUUUAGCAAAAGGGUCAACUUUUCCUUUGGCAGGUCAUAACAUUAUUGAAAGCUGGAAACAGAAUGCAAUUCAGCUAUGGGGUGCCGUCAAGCAUCCCAAUGUGUUCCUCCCCACGUUAUUUAUUUUCUUGUGGCAGGCUACCCCCCAUUCGGAGUCGGCCAUGUUUUACUUCACUACAAAUAAACUUCAUUUUACCCCAGAAUUUCUAGGGCGUGUCAAGCUUGUCACUUCAGUAGCAUCACUGCUUGGUGUUGGACUGUAUAAUGGAUUUUUAAAAGAGGUUCCAUUGCGGAAGAUUUUUUUUGCAACAACUGUUUUUGGUUCAGCCAUUGGGAUGACUCAGGUUAUCCUUGUUACUGGACUAAAUCAGAAAUUUGGUAUAAGUGAUGAGUGGUUUGCAAUCGGGGAUUCAUUGAUUAUAACAGUUCUCGGUCAGGCUUCUUUCAUGCCUGUUCUUGUGCUAGCUGCUAGAUUAUGUCCAGAUGGAGUGGAAGCAACACUGUUUGCAACCCUCAUGUCCAUAUCAAAUGCGGGGAGUGUCCUUGGGGGCCUCAUGGGUGCUGGUCUGACACAGCUUCUUGGUGUAACCAAAGACAGUUUUGAUAACUUGGCCUUUUUGAUCAUCAUAUGCAAUCUCAGCUCAUUGUUGCCCUUACCACUCCUUGGCCUACUUCCUCAGGAUCGCCUUGAUGCCAAGCCCGAGCAGAGUGAAGAUAUUGAGAUGAAGUCGAAUUGAGCUUUGGUCGUUUUGUCCCACGUCAUUCACGAUUACUUGCAUCACCCUUUGAAGAUCUCUUAUGAACCCUUAGCUAACUUCUUAGCUUUUUUCGUUUCCCCCAUAGUAGCUUACACAUAAACAAGAGAGAAGAGAGUUUGUAAAUAUUACACGUUAGGCAGAAUAUAGAAAUAGUUGGUCCAUGCCAUAUCCUUCUUGUUUGACACAAUUUAAUCAGUGCAAUAGUUUUGGCGA